AUGUUUUUCGAGAGUUACAAGGAGCUUGAGGACUGUUUUUCUCUAUUCGAUAGUAACCGCAAUGGUUACCUAAAUGCCGAAGAGUUAGGUCAUGCCUUACGUGCAAUGGGACUAAACCCAUCUCAAUGUCAAGUUGAAAAAAUUUUGCAGUCGGUAGACCGUUCUCAUAGAAACGAGAUGAGUAUAGACGAAUUCAGUCAGCUUUGUGGAAUGUCUAGGCCACAAACGAAAAUAUCUAAACAGCAUCUGAUGAGACGAAUAGCGAAGUUUGAUGCAGACAAGAAUGGCUUUAUUGAUGCGAGAGAACUUAAAAGUGUUCUAAGAGCCAACGGGGAAAGCUUAGAAGAAAACCAUGUUGAAGAGAUUUUAAGGGAUUUUGACACGAAUAGAGAUGGAAAACUUAGUAUUGAAGAAUUAGCGGUCGGUCUCCUCGGGAGGAGCAAAUAA